GGAGGAUAUUUUUGUUUUUUCAUAAUUUUUUUUUGUCUACUUGUCUACUAGUAGUAACUAGCAUCAUCUUGUGAGCUGUUUCGGUAAACUUGUGUUUGACAGAUUUGACAUUUACGACUGACAUUGUCUGACAUUGAAUCGAAUGGAAUUGGUUAGUUUUCGUUUUUUUCGCCGGACGUUAGAAAUAAAACCCGAUAUAAAUUCUGUUAAAAAUUCAGUCGUAUCACAUCGCUAUUUGAAAUUAAUAGUUUUUGAGAAAACCGAGGACAAAAUGCCGCACUUCAGAAUCGAGACUAACGUACCAAGAAGUCAGAUUCCUGCUAAUUUUGUACAAAAAGCUGUGCCUGUGUUAGCUAAGGCACUUGGGAAACCAGAGCAGUACUGUGUAGUUUCCAUCAUUCCGGAUGUGCUAAUGAGUUUCGGUGGAUCUACGGAGCCCUGUGCUAUUGCCAAUAUCAUGUCUAUUGGAGCACUUGGCGUGGAGCAGAACAAGAAACAUGCUAAAGUACUGUUUGAGCUGGUGGAACAGGAACUGGGAGUUAAGAGUGACAGGAUGUACAUAACAUUCCAGGACGAGCCUACCGGUAACGUCGGCUUCAAAGGCACCACUUUCCAUGCUAUCUUUGGAUAAACUAUGUUUUUUACAAUUCGAUUCUAUGGUGGUUGUUGAGUUAUUCGCUAUGUUGCUUAUUAUGCGUCUCAAAAUUUUUAGUUGGCUAGUUAAAUAAUUUAAACAAUGUAUGAAAAAGUAAUUAAUGUUAAAGAACAUUUUUAAUCAGGGAAGGUCGUCACCCUGACCAAGAAAUUCUGUUGAGUAUAGUGGAAUUUAAAUUCAUUGUUUAUUUCGCUAUACUUUUAACCAGGGCCAGAAGUCUCAAUAAUGAUCAACAAUAACUACAGAAUCUAGUGUCUAAAUCGAAAAUUGCAAUUGAUUUUCAAUUUAAAUUCAAAAGGUUAAGGCUUUUUUUGUCCUUUCGCUGCCCCAGGUUAAAUUGUGUCUGGACACAGUUCAUAGACGGAUUCCUAAUUAAAUGUUAUCUGGUCACUGGCAGCAGACUUGAAAUCCGAUUUACAAAAUUUUAUGAACUUGAAGUCGCGCGACGCCCGGUGUACAAUGCUUUGUAAAACACCACGCCUCAUAAUUACUAUAUGACUAUAUUCUCUACUCUAUUACCCUUAUCAUAGCUAUUAUAAUAAAGUGCUUUUACUUAAUGAUAAUGACUCAUACUAAGCAAUGUUACGAAUUAAUAUAGAAAACGUAUGGCCCUAUCUUUUGUACCUAUUAAGAUUUAUUGGAUUUUAAGUUGAUCUGCCUUGACUAUUGUGUUUGUUUGGACUUGGCAAUAUUUUUUUCCAUAUUUGUUAUGUUCCUAAAAGGUAAGAGUAAGAUGGCGAAUUAACAGAAGAACAGAAUAGGGAUCAUGUCGGAGUAUGAAAAUUUUAAACUCUAGUCCGUCAGUUAGGUAAUGAAAACAUAUUGGACACGUAUUUUUUUUUAUUUUCUCGUAGAUAGAAAACAAUAGUAGUUCGCUACCUACGUCAUUUCUAAGUAUAAAAUCUACAUAGAAGUGACGUCAAAGUAUUUGUUUCCCUAAGAAAAUAAAAAAUACGUGUCUUACGUUUUAAAAUUAAUCUACCAGACGGACAUUAAUAAUUUUCCCUAUUAGGUAUCAGUAUCAUAAGAUAAUAGCGUAAUGUUUAAAUCAUCCCAUUGCUUUUACUAAUCAAGGGUUCCUAUUUUUGAAAACAAAGGAUCAUUACCUAACAAUAGACCAUUACACGAACAGUAUUAUUUUUUCAAUUCCAAUAGAAAUUGCAAUAUUUUAAAAUGCAAACUUAAACUUAACAUCAUUUUCUCAUGAACCAAUGGGCUACAAGCAGAUUACAAAUAAUUUUCACGGUUGUUGAUUUUGUAAUGAAAUGGAAAUUAGUUAAUUUUGUAAUGAAAUGGAAAUUAGUUAAUUAAAUAAUAAUAAAUCUUUUAAAUAAAUCUCCAACUGUUUAGAGAAAUAUUUUUGGUUUACAAAUACCUACAUAAUUUAAUUGUUUGUUCAGUAUAAAAAUCUAUAUUCUUUAUUUUAUUGUUGUUAACUUUUUACAUCUUUUUUGUCUGGUGUUAAAAAUGUUUUUCUAUAUAAUCAAUGUGCUAUUAGAAUGUUAAGAGUAACUUGUAUUUUUGAGAUGAGACAAAUAAAUUGUAUAACUAUUUAUCUUGAA